AGCAUGCAAUGUACAUGUACAUCGCCCACAUCGCAGAAGUUAAGCCCGGUAGAACAUUAUCCGCAUCAUUACGUGUACUCAACUGGGACUUCACUUGAACCAAAAAUCCUUUAAAAAUGUCUUUGUCUGUUUCUCCGAAAUCAUCUGUGUCUCAGCGAGCCCGGGCGAUCCUCACGUACGAAGCAAGUUGCGCGGUUCCAGCAGCUGGAGGGAUCGUCGGCAAGGGGGAAUAUCAUGCCGAAGAAAAUCCAAACGGUAUGAUCAAUAUGGGAACUGCCCAGAACAUUAUGAUGUAUGAUUUACUGAGAGAAAAGCUGGACUGCUCAAUGGAAUUACCAAGGACAUGGUCUGACCGGAUGUUUAAGUACGGCGAAACGGAAGGGUUGCCAGAGCUGCGAGAAGCAAUUGCAAAACUCCUGACCAUCACAUCACAUGCUGCAAAGCCCCUGGACCCUAACAAGAUGGUCAUCAUGAAUGGAGGUGAUGUAUGUUUGGAGGCCAUGGCGCAUGUCUUAUGUGAUGCUGGAGAGGCUGUUCUUGUACCCGUACCAUUUUACUAUGGUCUGGGCAGAAGUCUGAAGCUCAGGCCCAACGUGGAUGUUGUUCCAAUCCCUCUUUUCAAGGAGCCCAGGCCAGGAGAGAGUCAACCUUUUCAGCUCACCGCUGACCGAGCUGAAGAGGCCUAUCAGAAAGCUGUUAGUGAGGGUGUCACCGUGAGGGCGCUGUUCCUAGUCAAUCCAAGCAAUCCGUUGGGGGAUGUGUACAGCAGAAAGCAGGUUCUAGAUCUCCUGAUGUUUGCUAGCAGGCAUGAUCUUCAUGUGGUUUUUGAUGAAGUCUACAUGAGCACAAUUUAUGAGGAAGGAGUAACUCACAGCAGCAUCUUUCAAUUCAGAGAAGAUGAGAUACCAGACCCACAGAAAGUACACUUUAUUUGGACAUUUAGUAAGGAUCUUGCCAUGAGCGGGAUGCAUAUCGCUGUCAACUAUACUUGGAAUGAUGAGGUCUGUAAGGCAUUGACAAGUAUUGCUCAUUUCCAUGCAGCACCCACCGGCUGGCAGCAGGCUAUGGCCAGAAUGCUGUCAGACUCAGAUUGGUUUGUCAAUGUCUUCUUGGCAACUUCAGUCAAGAGGUUGAAAGAGGCUCAUAGUUUCUUCACCCAGGGGUUGAGUGAGCUGGGUGUCCCCUGCCACAAUGGAGGAGCAGGGCUUUUUGUCUGGGCAGAUUUCAGCAAGUUUUUGUCAGCUCCAACUGCAGAAGCAGAGGAGGAACUUAAGCAGAAACUCCUUCGAGCUGGAGUACAGGGCACUCCUUCUGCCGUUUGCCUUGGACAAGAGAGGGGGUGGUUCAGGUUGGUCUUUGCAAAGGACAAGGACACUCUAGAGACAGCUUUGGCAAGAAUGCAGAAAGCCCUAAAGACAAAUUAACUACAUGUGCAUUCGUGAGCUGUGACCUGAAGGUAUGGAAGUCGGCAAAAAAGGGUUUCGGAUUGUCAUUUGAUCGCUUUGAGGCCACAUCUCGAGUUUAAUCAUUUGUGUCCUGCCAGACUGGCUGCGCAACAGUUGAUUGGAAUCAAUCGGAAAUCAGCGUUCCUGGUCACUCUUCAUUUAGUCAUUUUAAGUUGAUGUCCUAUGAACUAGAGCAUUCAGACCUUUCCACAGAAUUCAGCAUGCAGUCGGUUUUGUCUAAUGAUAAUAAUUAUAUAGAUUUAUAUAGGGCACUUAUCCAGAAAACCGAUCAAGGCACAAUUCCAUUAUUAUUACCCCUGCUCACUGGGCUCAUGAAACAUUCCAAAUACCAUCUCAGCUCCCUGAGGCAGCUGCAAAGUUAGUUCCUUUUUGUGGAAUGCCCCAUGGGUAAAGACAUGCAUGUCUGAUCUGAAACUGAAUUUGACUUUGAUCUUGACUCAAAUUGUUCCCCUUAAAAUGUCAAAUCCCGUGGAAUCAAUGGCAAUUAAGCCCCCCAAUCAGGUUUUGGCUAAGGACAUCAUUAAUAGUGUGUCAGGAAGUCCACACUCAUCAGGUCAAGUCCUUCACCUGGCUAUUUUGUUUCAAUCAAAUGAGAAGUGAUGUAUUUAUAGGCCAAAUGAAGCAACUUGGCUUUACAGCCCGUACAAAAUGUGUUUUUUUAUGCCGUGCUUUAAAGUUGCACUUGAUAUUUAUGAACACUUGAAUUUCAGCUGUAAACUGAAGGACAUGUAACAACAGUAUUCAUGGACUCGUUGCCUAAUGUAUCUUUUGAUAUUGCUUACGAAAUGGAAUUAUUUGUGUAGGGACUGUGCCUUAGCAAGGGUGGUCUCACUGUCGUGAUUCUAACACAUGAAUAUGCAUAGUUUGUAGCUAAUCUACAUUGUUUCUGUGUUAUUUGCAUGUUUGUAUGUCUAGUAAUUGUUACUUGGUGACCUUUGUGCUUCCCGCGCACAAGGACUGGUUGUACUUGGUUGACAUCCACCAGGAAAAUAAGUCCAAAGAUUAUUUUAGAUAACUUACUGAAUGUAUCAAAACUAUUGUCAUGUACAAUAAUAACCCCUUGUAUUAUGACAUACUUUGGUGACGUGUUAAUUGAAGCUCGCGUUACUUGUACUAUAAUUUACUUGGUAAGUAACUCUUUGCGUAUGGAAACAAACAAGACAGCACAAGAGACGGUCGAAGACUUUGGGUUGGCCGUGGAGCUCCAGUUUAAGAGGUACACAGAGAGCAUGGGUAUAUUUUGAUAUCAGUAGCACCCAUUUCCACGUCUGUGUAGGCAUAGUCCCAUGGCGAAUUUGUAGUCCAGUCUACAUAGAAACCCUCAAUGAGUACAUGUACUUCUUGAUUUCGAUGUGCUAUGAUGUGUAAGGACAUUGCUGUUCACUUUGAUGUAUCCCGUGUAAGCAAGAAAGCACAUGUACAUGUAUGCUAUAGUCUGUGAAUGGAGAGUGUACACAGUUGGCUCACUGGGAGCUCUCAUUUUGUCAUUUCAGGCAGUGGGGGUUUUUGUCACUUCAAGGAUCUAGCUUGUUAGGAUGCCUGUGACAAUUGCUGGUCACCAAUAAAUCAUAAAUCAAUUUUCCUGCCGA